AUGACUUCAGCUGGGGAGAGGCAACAUUAUGCACUUGCCCUCAUCAAAUCUCUUUUUGGCCAUCUUCCAGAUAAUUUUCAUAUUGGGCUGUUAUAUGACAUAGGUUGUCAACUGGAACAGAACUGCAGGAAGUGGGGUUUUCUCAAGUCAUUUCUGCCAUGUAUUUCUUUUGCCAUCUCAGUAUUUCAUGCCUUUGGUCAUCAAUGGGCAUGUCAGCUUAUCUAUCACCCCCAAAAAUGUGAAGGAUUUGGGCUAUCUGAUGGAGAGGGAUGUGAGCAUUUUUGGAGUUCAAUCAAAGGGCUGAUACCAUCUCUUUGUGUUUCUGGGGUAUGUGUGCAGUAUGCCACAUCUGUUUCAAGCUAA